CGUGCUUACCGCUUCCACGCUUCCUCUCCGAUAACGGCGUGACUUUAGCUUGUUUGCUGAGCGGAGCUGAGUGGGACAGGGUGACAGUGACUGUUUAAAAAUGUUGAUUUUGUCAAACAGGAUAAAGUUCUGCUCGCUGGCGUUCACCGCCGCGCGCCUGUACAGCAGCGGCCCCGCUGCAGCGAAUAAAAACCCCAAGGUUUACUUUGACAUUGCUGCGGACAACGAGCCGCUAGGCAGAGUGACAUUUGAGCUCAACGCAGAUGUCGUCCCCAAAACUGCAGAAAACUUCAGAGCGCUGUGUACAGGAGAACAUGGCUUUGGUUACAAAGGCUCCACCUUCCACAGGGUGAUCCCCCACUUUAUGUGCCAGGGUGGAGACUUCACAAACCACAAUGGAACUGGUGGGAAGUCCAUCUAUGGUUUGAGAUUUCCUGAUGAGAACUUCAAGUUGAAGCACACUGGACCUGGCAUCUUGUCGAUGGCCAAUGCUGGACCGAACAGCAACGGAUCACAGUUCUUCAUUUGCACCGCAAAAACAGAGUGGCUCGACGGCAGGCAUGUUGUCUUUGGCAGCGUGACGGAGGGGAUGGACGUGGUCAAGAAAGUGGAGUCCUUUGGUUCCCGGUCUGGGCGCACCUCCAAGAAGAUCACAGUCGCAGACUGCGGAGAGGUGGUGUAGACUCCCCGCGCGAGCAGCGGGUUCUGUCAGAGGCGCAUCCCCUGCUGCAAUCUCAACAGAAGAGUCCUUUCUUCAUUCAUGACCCAAAGAGUUACCUCUCUUUGGUGAAAAUGGAUCGGCAGAUCUCUCAUUUUUCUAUGGUGGUACUUGAAUGCUGUUAAUUUUAACCUUGGUACCUCUGAGGCCUAUAAAAUGUGAACUUAAAGAGUUGUAAAUCAGGUUUUAGACAUUUCUGAAAGAGGAUGAAUUAGGUUUUUUUUUUUUUGUGAGAAGCAUUAUUUGUCAUAUUUGUAGCAAUACAUGAUUAAACUGAUGAAUUUGUCCUAAAUGGAACACUUUUUAUUGGAUUUACUGGAUUUUUGUUUUUAACCGUCACAUGUUGUAGAUUCAAAGUGGUUGGUGUCCAGUGGCCAUCAGAUUUAUUGUCACCGAUGGUAAAUGUUUGUGAAAUAAUUUUUUACUACCGCAGCAUCAUGUUUUUCCCCUUUUGAACAGCGGGUGAGAGCAAUGGGCAUCAAUGUCCCGUAUUUGUAAAGUCAUGGAUUCUUAAUUACAGCAAUUAAUAAACGGAAGAUUUACUGCAA